AUGGACGGAACCGAUAAAAACUUUGAACAAUCGGCAGCACUACAAGCGCAGCAGCAUGUGCAGGCGAUGCACAAGGCAAUUGAGCAAGUCAAUGUUAUACAGGAGUCCUUUGUGAUGAACACGCAAAAUGUGCUGAAAAAACAUGAGCGCGAAAUGUGCAAUGAGCUUCUAUCGACCCCAAUGCCAAAGAAGGGAAGAUAUGAGUUAAGGUCUAUGUCCAAUAAAGAAAACAAGAGAACAGAAUUCGAGAAGCAUGCUUCCAGUCAUGCUUCUUCUUUUGAAUAUGGAGUAGGACAACACCCAUUUUCGGAUUGUUCACCAUAUGAUAGUGAGGAAGAUGCAGAUGAUGAGUAUAUCGAAGAAGUCGAUAAAAAACUGAAAUCUGCUGAGCCUCUACUACUACAGGAUCACACCAACCAACCAACUACUGACCAAUCUAAUAUCAAUAAAACAUCGACCAAAAUGAAGAAGACAUACAUGCUGAAAUGGUCCUUGGCCACAGAUUUAAAUCCUGUUGUAAUGAAGUGU